CCCAUGUAGGGAGCUAGUGGAUGCAGUUGUCAUGGAAAUGGAAGAGACUCCUCCGUCGGUUCGUGGUGCUGUUGCCAUGGAAAUGCCAGUAGGAGAUGCUCUUUCUGUAGUGGGCGAGGAGAAGAGCGUGCAGCUGUUUCCUAAGGAGCGUCGGGAGUUUAUUCAGCACCUUGGACAGCAGCAGUGUGUCGGGCCACAUUUCUGUCAUAUGAGAUAUUAUAUGCUUAUUGUAAUCGGGGAAAUUUCAACGGACCAUCAGCUCAAUAAAGUAAAAGAACAUAUUAAACAGGGCAUCCGUUCGUGGGCAAUAGAUCUAAAGGUUUGUGACCUGAACCAAGAGUUGCGGCUCUUCGAGACCAAGCAUUCUGCCCAAUUCUCGUCAGAGGUGAAAGGACAAAGAAUUCUGCAAUACAAGAGUGAUGUCCUUGAGACAGUUGUGUUAGUGAAUCCAUGUGAGGACAAUAUUGCAAUAGAGAUCAGAACUCUACUCUGUGACUCAGCUAAACAAAAGUUACUGGUCCUAAGUGGUCAGAGCACUGAACAAGGUGGUGACAUUCUUUUACAAAGUGGUGUGUUUGGCUUGAAGAAAUUCACUGACAUCAUUACAAGUCAAAGAAUUAAAGACUUCCUGAUCCAGUCAAGUCCAGACGAGCGAGUGAGUCUGACAGUGUGCUGUGCGGGAGAGGGGGCCUGGAGCUCCCAGGGGCUGAAUCAGGAGCACUGUGUGCUGGACUACAGUCUGAACCCUGACCCUGUACUGCCUGAGAUGGAAGGAGUGGCAGAGUUUACAGAGUAUGUCUCAGAGACUGUGGACGUCCCCUCCCCCUUUGAGCUGCUGGAGCCUCCCGCCUCAGGGGGGUUCUUGAAGCUGUCCAAGCCCUGCUGCUACAUCUUCCCUGGAAGCAGGGGUGACUCAGCCCUGUUUGCUGUCAAUGGCUUCAACAUUUUGAUUGAUGGUGGUUCAGACCGGAAGUCUUGCUUUUGGAAGCUGGUGCGACACUUGGAUCGGAUAGAUUCUGUUCUUCUUACCCACAUUGGAGCAGACAAUUUGCCCGGGAUAAAUGGCCUGUUGCAGAGGAAAAUUGCGGAGCAAGAGGAGGACCAGUCUCAUGGCUCAAAUGCAUAUGGAGAAUGGAUGAAAAACCUGAUUUCUCCAGAGCUCGGUGUGGUGUUUUUCAAUGUCCCAGACAAGCUGAAGAUGUCAGAAUCAACUCUGAAAGUGAAAAGGAGCAUUGAGGAGGCCUCUCUGACCUUGCAGUACCUGAGCAAACUAGGCAUAAGACCAGAGCCUCUUUAUCGAGUUGUUAGCAACACAAUCGAUCCUGUCACGCUUUUUCACAAGCUGGGUGUUGGCAAGCUAGACAUGUACAUUCUAAACCCCAUCAAAGAAAGUAAGGAGAUGCAGUUCUUCAUGCAGAAGUGGGCAGGUAACAGCAAGGCUAAGACUGGCAUCAUCAUGGCCAAUGGUAAAGAAGGAGAAAUUUCUGUACCAUACCUCACAUCCAUAACAGCCCUUGUUGUCUGGGUUCCUGCCAGCCCCAAAGAAAAAAUUGUGAGGGUGCUGUUUCCUGGAAAUGCUCCACAGAAUAAAAUUUUAGAGGGACUAGAAAAGCUGCGGCAUCUUGACUUCUUACGCUAUCCAGUCGCUACUCAGAAAGACAUAUCAUUCGGAGCUCCCCCUCCAGCGAUCAAACAAACCAAACUUAAACCAAGAACUGACAGCAGAGAGAGCCUAAAAUCUUCGCCGAAAAUGCAUGCCACUACUAAAGCAAGCAAGAGAGAGGCAAACGAGGAUAUUGAAUCAAAGAGUGACUCAGUAAAGGAGAACAAAGUUGAAAAGAAGCCAAAGAAGUUGAAGGAGAUUAUUAAAACUCCCAAACCAGUGAAAGCUAGUGCAGAUGCAACUGAUACAGCAAAGCUAGAGAAAAAGAAAUUGCUGAAAGAGAAAUCUCCUAAAAAACAUAUAAAGGAAAAGAUAUCAAAAAUGGAAGAAAAGAAAGAUAAAGAAAAGAAGGAAAUUAAGAAAGAAAAGAAAGACGUGAAAAAGCAGGAAUCAGUUAAGAAAGACGACAAUAAAGAAUCCAAAAUGAAGGACGAUAAGGAUAAGAAGACAGAGGUAAGUAGGCCAGAGUUCAGGAAAAUUACCAAACCUGACUUAAAGCCCUUCACACCUGAGGUCAGAAAGACCCUGACCAAAGCAAAGGUUCAAGCAAAGCCUAAGACAGAAAAAACUAAAGCAGUCAAAGAACAAGAAAACAGACCUGCUGCUCAACAAGUCUCAAAAGAGAAACAGGAAAAUGACAGAUCCCUGGUGUCCUCUCCAGAGGAUCUUUCAAAGGAUUUUGAAAUAUUGAGACAAGAGGAACUUUCAGCAGCUACAGAAAGCAGAAUACUCACAAAUCUUCAGUCCGCAACAUCUCCAGACACAAAAGUUAUUCAUAUUGAGUCUCCUGUUGAUGAAGGCGUAAUCACUACAGACAUCAAGAUGGAAUCCUCUCAUGAAGAAAAGCAACCAUAUGGAGGAAAGACUAUAUCCCUGACAAAAGAAGGAGAGAAAUUUGAAGAAGGUGCUUCUACAGAUUUUGACUAUGAGGAGGAAUGCAACAAAGAUACAAAGAUUGAUACAAUUUCAGACAUCAUAGGAAAAGUGGAUGACAAAAAGUGGCAGGACAUGAAGGAGGAAGAAGAGGAUUUUGAAAAAAAAAUUAAAAAGUGUGACAGUGAAGAGGAAGAUGUUAUUGAGAAAGCCGAGUUGGAGGAAGCAGAGGACAUAAUUCGUACAGAAGAGCUGAAAUACAAAUCAGAGGAGGCCAAAAAGGAAAAACUUGGUAAGGACUGGGACGGCAAGCAGAGUGACAAUAAAUUUGUCAAACCUGCUGGUGCCACCGAGCAUGUCUCCUUCAUCCAAGAUGAGACCAUUCCUGGAUACUCAGAGACUGAACAGACCAUUUCUGAUGAGGAGAUCCAUGAAGAGACCGAGGACAGGAUCCCUCAUCUCAGCUAUGAUGUUGGCUCUUAUGAUGUUUCUGUCCCCGAUGAACCUGGCACUUUCGACUCUGUCCAUGGUGUGAAAGAAAUGAAACCUCCAGCCAUUUCAGUUGGAUCCGAUUUUACUGCAAAGGGAAGUAGUGUGGGUCAAGAGCCAGUUUUAGGUUUUACUACAAAUAUUAUUGCAGCACCUUUAGCUGAAGAGGAACAUAUAUCUUCAGCCACGUCCAUUACAGAGUAUGAUAAAUUAUCCUCUUUCACAACAUCUGUUACUGAAGAUCACUCUAUUGCAUCUGUGACAGCACCUCCUACUGAGGAAACAGGGAAAACCUCCUUAGUGUUGGACACUGUCAACAGUGUACCAUCAUCCAAUCAAACAGAAGGAAGAGAGUACUUACAUUCAGCUGGCACAAUCUCUCCAACAUCAUCUUUAGAAGAAGACAAAUGCUUCAAGUCACCUCCAUCAGAAGAAUAUCAACCCAUUGUUCCAGAGCUGGAAAGUACCAGUAAGACCAGUGCUCAGGCACAUGAAGAUGAUGAGGAAGAUGAGGAAGAGGAUGAAGAUCAGACACCCAAUGUUGACAUGCCUCUCGGAAAACUCCAUGAAGGUUACGCAUCUGCUGCAAUGCAAGGCAAAGAACAAGCCUUCGAUAAAUCCUCUUCCUCAAUGGGAACUUUUCCCUCCCCUGUAACACCUGCUGUCUCACAAGUGAAGGAUGAAGAAGUGUCAUCACUUUCUCAGCUUGAGCCCAAAACUGAAAAUGUUGAGAAACCUCUAUCCUCUACAACUUACUUCUCUAGCACACGAGAGAGGAGCAGUGCUUUAGAACUGGAAGAGAGGAGCCUAAGUCCAGAUGAUAGCACGUUGAGCACAAUGAGGGUGGCUUCACCUACACAGUCAGGCCCUACUAGCAGUAGCUACUCCCCUACUGAGGAGAAGGUACAGAAAUUCUUACCUAUGGAGAAAGAGGAUAAAAUGGAGAAGAUCACAAGUGACACUGAAACUUUUACAAAAUAUGAAGAAGUGGCAUUAGGUGACGCUAAUAAAAAGACGAGCUCUGUGAAAAUAUUGGAGGCUGAAAGUGACCCUUUCAAAAGUUGCCUCUCAAGCACACGGGCAACAUUUGAUGACUCAGGUGAAGAAGAGGAAGAGGAAGAAGAAGAGGAGGAAGAUGAGGAAGAGGAAGAUGAUUAUUAUGGAAAGGGGGAUUUCAAGACUUCCAGUAAAACUAAAUACAAAGAAGAAAGAGAAAGCACAUUCCUUGAUGAGGAUGACUGUUCUGAGCCCCCACAGCCCCUAAAAGAGGAGGGACUGUUUGUAAAAGAAAAAGAGAGAGUGGAUAAGGAUGAUAAACAAGAAGGCAUGACCUACUUAGAUAAAGAGCACAAAUCCCAGAUGCUCAGCUCUGAAGAGGAGGAAGAGAGUGAGGCUGAAGAUUGCACUUUCUCCAGUGUAAAAAUGCCUCAGGGCAAGUCAGAUCCAGGGUCAGUAGGUCAAGGCAAAAAGGAUGUGUCUUUCUUGGAGAGAGAUGACACAACAGUGACCUCCAAAGAUGGUGAUAAAAGUGUACACUUUGACUUAUACACUUUCCCUGAGCAUGAAAAAGGUCAUAAGGAAGAGUAUAUGCGGGAAGUGAGACAAGAUACACCUUAUGUAGGAAAAUGUUUUACAUAUUCUGAUGUAUAUGAUAGUAAAUCUAGUUCAGUUGAUUCAUACUCCCCCAAUUUACCAAAGGACUUUAGUGACAAAUUUGAUGAAAAUUAUGGUUUCCUGAAGGAAUCAGAGGAAAAAGAUUCCACAUUUAUGUUUAUGGAAACUACAAAGACAUCAGAUUUUGAAGAAUCUCAUCUCAAGGAAGCGUCUUCAUCAUCAAACAAUGAAACAAAAACCCUGUAUGGGCAUGACAGUUUAGAAGAAAAACCUACAGACAAACUAACUAAAGUUGAACAAGAAAAAUACUUACAUUCUUUCUCACCAGAAAGAGACCCCUUUUCUGUUAAUGUUGAUAAGCCUACUGUCAGUGCAAAGACAGAAAUUAGUGCUGCUCCAUUAAGUGAUUAUCUAGAUGACCUCAUUGCUUCAGGUUACUCUGCAAAGAGCAGCAGUUCCACCGUGACUCAAUCUUUGAGUGAUGUAAAAGGAGCAACAGUGGGAGACUUGAAAAUGUUGGCACAUGGAGAGGAGGCUGAUGAAGAAGAAUACGAGGAUGAAGACGAGGAUGAUGAUGACAAUGACAUGUACACAAGACGGGUUAGUGACAGUGGUGUGGAGAGGGGUGCCAAAGACAGACUGGAGAAAGAAUUAACCUCAUUCAGUGGUACCACCACCAGUGUAUUGCCUUCUGACUUUAAGGAGAAUAUCUCACAGGACUACAACCUUGGCCCUGACAGUUAUGGUAAACCCCCAACUUCUGAUUCAUCAGAACCCACAAUCGGUCACAAAACCCUAGAAGAGCCAGUCAAAAUGACUAAAGGUGACACCUCCUCAUUACCAUCUGGCAGGCAGAUGACAGAAUAUGCCUCUGGAUAUGAAUAUUCUUAUGGUGAGGAGAAAGAUUCUUUCUCAUCUAGUCAAUUUGAGGACAAAUCCAAGAAAGACAAUGUCUAUGAUCGGCCUUACUUACCCCUUUCUGCAAAAUCAAAAGAAGAUCAGGAUCACCAUGACAACAAAGAUCUUGAGUUCGAGAAGCAAAAAACACCAGAUAUCUUGGCUAAAAAGCCUGGAGAUUCUGUCUCACCGGGUUUCGGCUAUGCUACUACAUCAGUUACAGCAUACUCUUCCUCUUCUUCCUAUAGCCACUCUUCCUCUGCUUCUGCAUCACUCUCCACCAGCCGCCAGUUUGGAGAUGAGCUAGAGACCCCUGCCAGUGCUGGAUAUGAGUACUCCUCCUUUAAAGACGAGCACUCCCUAGUAAUGGAUUCACCGUUCUCAAGUUCCAGUGGGCUGGUUAAAGAUGAGUAUCUGGAGGUGUCAGAAAAGCUCACUCCUGCUGCCACCACAGCUGAGUCCACCUCCAGCCUUGCCAGGUUUUCACCGGUGUCACCUUUUGAGGAGAUCAAACCCUUCCCUGUUCAGUCAAUUGCCACGGCAGAUGACAAGAAAGAACUUGGCAGCUCUGUGAGUGGUGCCUUGGACAAGGGGCCCCAAGGGGCAUGCUUCUACAAACCAGAGUGGGGCGAUGAGUCGGGUUUGCGGUCGGAAUACGGUGCUUCUGGACCUUACAGUCUAUCCCAAUCUGUAGAGAAGGACUUCAUAACAAAAGAUUUGUUGGGUGCUGCAUUGACACCUUGUGCUGGUGUAACAAAAAAACAAUAUAAUGAAGACACUGAGAGCAGUGAAGAGGAAGAGGACUACAUGUGUGAAACCGAACAGGACAAACUGCAAUACCAAAGAUCUCCAUUCACCCCCCAAGCAGACAAGAAAGAUCUGUUUUCUUUGACUGAAAACCUCGCAGUGGACUCAUCUGCCAGCAAGGUAGCCAAACUUCCAGGUGUGCUUACAUAUACUUCUUCAGUUCCACAGCCAAUUAAACCUGAUAGCCCUGCAGCAGUUGGCACAUUGGCGGCACCAGAGGCUGUUGAUAGAGCCACCAAGGUAACGUCAAGCCUGUCAAAAUCUGAAGUGAAAAGUGAGGAAUUUGAACCAUGCAAGUUAAGGAGUCCAUUUGAAUGGGAGAUGCAGCAGCAAAGAGGCAUGUACCCAGGAGCUUCACCUCCUCACUACCGCCAUGAGGAUGAGUAUGAGGAAGAAGAGGAAACGGAGCCCGAGCACCCGCCUCGUCCUCUUUCUCUCACUUCUGCAGAUAAAUCCUUCUCUUCUUCCUGCUAUAAGGAGGACCAGAGAAAGCCUGAUGAUGUAGAUCAGCCGCCUGAUUUGUGUAUGGGUGCCAGCCCCUUCUCGUCUUCAGCAUCCCCUGGUUACUCAUCCUCUGAGUACAAACAGAGGAAGGGAGACAUGUCGCCAUCAUUUAUCAACCCAUGCCUUCACCAUUUCUCCAGUGAUGAGGAUGAAGAGGAAGAAAGAAGCCAGGACGUGGAACAGCAGCAGCCAUCAGGCAAGACCAGAUCCCACAACCAGCCUCAAUGUCGUUCUCACAGGGAGGACAGUGAAUCACAACACCUCUCUGGAGCCAUGGCUGCAGGGUUUGGCCUGGUAGGAGAGGAUACACCCCCAACAUCUGUCAGUGAAUCGCUGCCCUCGCAGACGGAUUCUGAUGUUCCGCCUUCCAACACAGCAGAAGGAAAUGUGGAAUCUGACGAGGAUGCCGAUUACCUCCCCAUGGAUAAAUCAUCUGGAGCCUAUGGUGGGAAGCACUACUCAUCCAGGUCUUCAGAGAAAAACCAUGAUCCACUGCCCUCACCGAUGAUGGACCCAGCGCCUUACCCACCGCAUCCUGAUGUGUGUAUGGUAGACCCUGAGGCCCUUUCCAGCCUUACUGACAAAUCUCAAAAGAAAGACCCGAAGACAAAGGGUUUGCGUAAAUCAAGCAAGUCAAAGUCUCCAGCCAGGAAAGCCGAUGCCAGACACAAGCGGUCCCCCUCAAAGGACUCUUCUCCUCGGACCACGUCACUGAAAAAGAAAGACACAGAAGAUGAUCUGUCCAGGUCAAGUCACAACACUGGCAGAGGACUUGGCAAUGGAAUUAAAAGCAUUUCAGGUCCAAGCUCAGCAAAAUCCAGUUCCACUGUGCCCCCUGGUCCCCCCAUCUAUGUGGACCUGGCCUACAUUCCAAACCACUGCAGUGCUAAAAAUGUCGACCAGGAGUUCUUCAAACGUGUGCGAUCUGCCUAUUAUGUAGUGAGUGGAAAUGACUCCAGCAAUGGAGAGCCAAGCCGUGUUGUCCUGGACGCGUUGCUGGAGGGAAAGGCACAGUGGGGGUCCAAUCUUCAGGUGACACUGAUCCCUACCCAUGACACAGAGGUGAUGAGGGAGUGGUACCAGCAGACCCAUGAGAAGCAGCAGGAGUUGAACAUCAUGGUGCUGGCCAGCAGUAGCACAGUCGUGAUGCAAGAUGAGUCAUUCCCUGCUUGCAAGAUUGAGUUUUAAGUCUGGCGUGGCCUACCAGGUUCACACUUUUACUCUCAAAUGGUCUGUUAUAGUGCUAUCUGUGGUUUAUUCAGAGUAACAAGCCCCAAGCUCUUUGAUUACAUUCUGACCCAUUCAAAUAUUCAAUAUUCCCUGUUUGUGUAAAAACGGUCCUUGUUUUAACAAUUUACUGAUUUACAGAUCAUGUUAUUCUUCAGAAACACACCAGGAGGAUGUGCCUUUGACUUUUGAAAAUUUUCAAGUUUUUCCCUUUAAGUCUUGGUUUGUGAAUUAAGGAAUACACUGGCAAUCUUUUGGUCCAUUUGAUUGCAUUUCAUGUUAUUCGCAGUUACCAUUUUAAUUGCAUGCUGAGUGAUGUCACUAAUAGUACGUUAACACCACCCCUUUAUUUACAAUUAGAUUUAUCAAAGCACAAGUAUACCUCUUUUUUUCUGUUGGAACCUAUAGCAUUUCACUUGAAUACAGCAAUUGGUUUGGAUGAUUUUCUCCCAUUGUUUGAAUAGGUUUAUUCCUCUGUGAUUUACGAAGGCAUCAUUCUUCUAUCCUUCUGCGUGCAGCUUUUGACCUACAUAUAUGGUCUUUGUUUUUCUCUCUCUUUCUCAUACCCUCUCUCUCAUGCCUACGCUCCCACCCACCCAUGCUAAGCCACACAUGUACACAUGGUACACAUGCAAUUGGGUUUUUAUCAAGAUACCAGCCCUUCACAAACUGAUGCCAUCCAGUCUUUCAUAGUUUUGACAGAAGCAGCAUAAUUACCAGUAUUCAGGUGCCAUGAGGUCAGUAGUUUAGUAUGUUUCUGUUUUGACUGUGGUUGGAAAUACAGUACAAGUCAGUGGUUUGCUUAGCAAAUAACAAUGCGCAAUAGCCGUGGUGUCUAAGAUAUCUCCAAUGUAAAUGUGUUCCAUGUGUUCUAAUAACAGUGCUUUAUCAGGCACCUGCUUUUAGGGAGCUUGAAUUAAUUUGUUUAUGCCUACAUACCUUUAAUCAAAUCCAGAGGACCUCACAGACCAAGAAAGAAAUAGUAUAAGUUUUGUCUGAUGUAUAGUUUUUUUGUCUGAUGAGUAAAAGUGAAGAAUAUGGUUUAGAUGUAUGAUUAGGUUCAGUCAGUGUUUACUGAUUAACAUUUAACAUGCUGUAUGAGGUGUACAUUAACAGAGGCGAUUGUUAUUUUGAAUCAUUAUUUUUUAGGUUUUACAGAGAGCGAAGUGCUGUCAUUAUUAUUUUAUUUGUAUUUUUAAAUGUUUUCCAAUUGCAGAAAAUUCUCAUUAAAUUCAGCUGCACUUUAUAGUGUUUUAAAUCCUUUCUUUUAACUUAGUACACUGUAAAUAUGGCUGAGAAAAAUAUUAACUUGAUGGAGGUGGAAACAGCAUGAGACUGAGUCAAAGCCAAAGGAAUGAGUAAUAGAAAAUUAUUCUAAAUGCUGAACAUUUGACUUAUGACCAUUAUAGCGUGAGAUACUUUAUAGAGAGUGUGCAUGGGAAAAACCUGCGUAAGCGUGUAUGAGCUUGAGAGUGGAAGAAAUGAGGAGUCUUUUCCAAUGACUUGGCAGUUGCAGAAUUUCAUUUAGUUUGUUGGGACAGUAAAAAGCACAUGGUGUCAUAGCAACAACGUAAAUGUCUUUGCUAGGGCUUGUGUUUGUCUCUCGUUGUAGUUCAACUCAGUACUAAAUGAGGAUAUAUAUAGAACAUCUGGAAAUAAAGUAUAGUAGUGUUUAAGAUAACAUUUGCCUUUAGAACAAUGUUUGUUUUUUGAUGUCUUCAUUACUCAGCAUUGAUCAAAGGGACUGUAAACAUUUCUCCUAACAAGUGAAAUUGUCCCCAGACUUUAACAAGGCUGAAAGAAUUGCUUAUUUGCAUAUUUUCAACCCUAUUUGCAUAUGAAGUAAACAAAAUCUGAUCAAGUAAUCAACUGAUGUGGUGGUUGCUGUACAAUUAGGUUGUUGUCAGAAUGUAAAAUAUGAGAUUAAAAAAUUUAGCCAUGUAUGAAAUGCAUGCAUGUAUAUUGCUGAAGAAGCAAAAGAGAAAAAAGGCUGAGAAAAAUGCUUUGAUGUGAAACUUUAAUGGCCUAUCUCAGAAUUAAUCAGUUAAACAUUGGUGAGAUGUAAUACAGAACCCUCUGUAAGCCACUCCCCCUCUGAUUUGCUGCAUCACCAUUUCUCUCCCAUAGUUUUUUCCAUUGUGAAAUGCCACAUGGGUGCUUCUGUGCUCCUGUCCAUGUGUUCUAGAAUUACCUUUUAAUUUCUGAUUGUCACAUUGUAUGAUCUUGUUGGGAGCUUAGCCAGACUGCUACAUUUUUAUAAGGCAAAAGUUUUAUUUUGCAAAGCCAAAUAUGCUUUUUUGCUUUUCUUUGGUUUUUUUCCUGAUUUCUUUGUACUGUUAAUUAUUUAUUAGACAAAUGUAUUCAUUUCUGAAAAGUCCCAUGGAGUCCAAACAGCUGGGUCCUGUUAGUUUAGUUCAGAGAAGGUGUCUGGAUUAUUACUUAAAUGUUUACAAUGAGCGGGAACUUUUGAGCUGCUGUUACUUUGAAGUGCUAAGAGGAGGUGCACUCCACUAACAUAGUAUAUCUAAUCAUCCUUUAGUACAACAUGGACCUAAACAAACUGGUCUGACUUACAAUAAAUCUGACAAAGGCAGCAAAUGUUAAGCAGACUACACAAAACCACUAUUCAAAUACACAAACGUACCUGACUGCCAGACUGAGUGACCAAAUCACUGAUUAUAUUUUAUAUUUGAGGUUUGUAAGUGUUUGUUUUUAUUAGCAACUAAACUCAAGCUAGAGAAAAUGAGCAAAAAAAAAAAAAAAAAAAAAGAUGAAAACAGCAGUGUGCUGUGCAAAAAUAUCAUUUAGUUGGAUUCUGCAUUUCCUGCUCAUCAUGGCUGGAUCCAGUCGUUCAAAUAUUGCAUUCACUUCAGCCUAGCUAGUUUCUGCAUGUGAUCUUAAAUUUUAACUUGUAUGUUCUAGCUGAUAAUGAUAUUAAAUGAAGUACUAUUUUAAAGAUAUAUAUUUAAAUGCUAAGUGUCUCAAUGCCACAUAUAGCCCAUUACUUUCUCUGUGCAGUGUUUCAAAGGAGAGACUCUGUACUUUUUUUGUUCAGUUUCCUCAUACCAUUGUUUUAAUUAUUUUUGCAUUUUUUGUUUUUUCCUUACUUAAUUUAUGUGCAAUAUCUUAAGAUUUCUCUAAAUGUAGAUUAUCUACAAGUUUGUUGUAAAAGGGUAAACCUGGUGAUCACCAAUAAAAUACUGUCGUUGGAAAAUCA